UGGGGGUGCUGAAAGUGCUCGUAAUUUUAUCCUCUUUGAUGAGGGUUAACAGCGCACUGCACCGUUCCCCUCGCCGUUUUCGCGGGAUCAUGACAACCUGUAACGAUGGAAUAGCGACCUCUCGUUUGUUCUCGGACCACAUUUGAUUCAUCCACCUCCAGUUUCACCCCGCUUUGAAAAAAUGGAUCAGGAGUUUGAGAAAAUCGAUUCAUCUGGACUGUGGCAAAACCUUUAUAAUGAAAUCCGUAACCAUUCUCAGGAGUGUCCCUACAAAGUGGCCAAGUUCCCAGAAAAUCGCAAUAGGAAUAGAUAUAGAGACGUCAGUCCCUAUGAUCACAGUCGAGUGAGAUUAGAAAAUUCAGAGAAUGACUACAUAAAUGCGAGCUUAAUAUCCAUGGAGGAGGCCCAGAGAAGGUACAUACUGACACAGGGCCCUUUGAGGAACACUUGUGGUCAUUUCUGGCUAAUGAUUUGGGAACAGUGUUCCAAAGCAGUUAUUAUGCUUAACAGAAUUAUAGAGAAAGGCUCGGAAAAGUGUGCACAGUACUGGCCAUCAGAGGAAGAGCAAGACAUAGAUUUCAGUGACACUGGGUUUGUGGUAAUUCUUGUGUCUGAGGACGUCACACCGAAUUACACAAUAAGACUACUAGAACUUCAAAAUAGCAAGACAGGAGAAACCAGAGAGAUCUACCAUUUUCAUUACACAACAUGGCCUGAUUUUGGUGUACCAGAGUCACCAGCGUCAUUCCUCGACUUCCUGUUUAAGGUUCGAGAGUCUGGCUCUUUGGGCCAUGAGAACGGGCCUGCUGUGGUCCACUGCAGCGCAGGAAUAGGUCGAUCGGGGACUUUUUCAUUGGUUGACACAUGCCUUGUCUUGAUGGACAAGAGGAAAGAGACUUUGUCUGUGGACAUUCAGAAGGUUUUGUUAGAUAUGAGAGCUUAUCGAAUGGGCCUUAUCCAAACUCCAGAUCAACUUCGGUUCUCAUAUAUGGCAGUCAUGGAGGGUGCAAAGAACAUCCUGGGAGACUUUACGCUACAGAAGUGGUCUAAAGAACAGCAGGAGCCAGUGGCUGAUUUGGGUUCAUCUCCUCAGAGCCCCAUCAUGAGCUCAGAAAAGCUGAAUGGACAGUUCGACUCUUGUAUGAAGCCACAGGAUCUAGGAAGUGAAGAAGACAGGGUACAGUCACCAAAGGAAGAGCAGCUCACAGCGUUAACAGGAAGCCUACGCAAGCGAAACCGCGAGGAACGGAUAGCCAGCACAUCACAAAAGGUGCAGCAAAUGAAGCUGAAACUGAGCGAUUCGGAGAAGAAGAGAGAUAAUUGGCUGUUCUGGAGACCCAUUCUCCUAAAUGUCGGCGCUGGUGCAGCUCUAGCACUAGGACUGUGCAUGUGCUGGGCUUUUCUUUCCCAGUAAUGCUAUUUUACCACACAGAUUCCUCUUUUUGACUUUUAUUUUGUCCAGGGACCCAAAUUAUGGUACUCCUAAAAGUAGGUGCUUGGAUGUUUUUAGAUAAGUGACAAAAUGUAGAAUGAUUGUGUUUACAAGCAUUUAUACUCCGACAUUCUACAUGAUUUAUUGAAUGUUUGUGUAAUAAGUGGUUAUUACAUUGUAACGAAUGCUGUAGUUACUUUGUAACUACUAUUGUAAUUCCAUCUUGGUAUAAGUUCUCGAGGCCUAAAAACAUACUGUACAGUAUUUUGUUUAAAUGUAUCUGCAAAGCAAUUUUCAAUAUAGAUGUUAUUCCCUACGAGUUCACCUGUCCAAAUUGUUCUGCAUUUUUAUUCAUGGGGUCACUCAUUUGUUUCAAUAGGUCAGAACCCAGUGAGGUUCAGUACAUGGUCUUUACAUGCACAUCUCAGGAUCUGCUAGUAAUAAACUGACUGUAGACUCAGCCAAAUGUAAUAAGUGGCCUGGUUUCCACUUUGAAAACUGUACAUAGUAAACUCUUUCACAAAACAAGAAAUAUUGCUUUUUACUUGCAUUAUUGUCUCAAGGAUCAUCUGUGCUCAUGCCCUUGUGUGUUUCUCUGGUUUCACAAGGUCAUUUGUGCUCAUGAAAUGAUAUCUCGCAUUUAUCGAUGCAUGUGGGAAAAACUGAUGUAUGACUGCAAAUAAAUGCAGAUUAUGAUAGAUUGCACUUGUUGCGUGUUUACAGGUGUCUCGAUUUCCCACACAGCUUGCCUCAAUGCAUCGUCAGUCCUAUCAUGUUUAAUUUUAAGAAAAGGGAUACUAAACAGUUCUAGUGAUUUUAUUUUUGUCUCUGAGGGUCAAAGAUUGUUCCUAGUCACAUUUCUUCACACUGUGGCAUUUAAUUGUGGGUUUAAUGCCAAUUACUUGGCAGAAUCAAUGUGAGUCAAAUUAGAUGUCCCUUCCCGCCACGGUUCCAGGAAUUGAUCCAAUAUUUCCAGAACUGGCUAAUGGUGGAAUGGUAAUUUCAUUCCAUCUAGCCAAGUGACCAACCGGGAAAGACCUAUCCUUUUUCCUCUUAGCAGCCCUUUGUACUGAGUACGGGAAAAGAGCUUACUGGAUAAAAGCACUUCAGAAGGGAUGGCCUCUUAUUA